AUGUCUUCCGUCAAGUCAUUCCGUCAACUCAUCGGCAUCCCCCCUUCCACCGCCUCUACCAGUGAUUCAACUCUCAUCAUCGUCGACGCUCAAAACGAGUACGCCACAGGCCUUCUCGCAGUUGAAAAAGUCGCCGAAACCCGCAAGGCUAUUGCCAAGCUACUGGAAAAAUACCGACAGAAUGGCAAUGGCAAGAACAUUGUUCACGUCGUGCACCAAGUGCCUGCUGGUGCACCCGUCUUCACACCUGACACUGCGCUCGCGCAGGAAUUUGAAGAGUUGACCCCCAAGUCGAACGAGAAAGUCGUCACCAAGAACUUCCCUAGUUCUUUUGCCAAGACUGAUCUGCAUGAUUACUUGCAGGGACUGGGAGAAGUAGGUCGCAAGAUUGUACUGGUUGGCUACAUGGCACACGUUUGCAUUUCGACCACUGCACGUGCUGGUAGUGAGCUUGGAUAUGAUAUCAUUGUUGUGAAGGAUGCUGUGGGUGAUCGCAAUAUCCCUGGUGCGGAUGCGGAGACUGUGGUCUCUGUGGUUCUCAGUGAGUUGGGUGAUGGCUUUGCUACAAUUCUUUCUGAGAGUGAGAUCAGCUCGUGA